AUCCCUUUAUUCUCCACAACCACACCCACAAUCAAGUUAAUCACAAACUCACAAGUGCUUUCAAUUUCUACUUCAAACUUUUAAUCUUUAGUCAGGAUCAUGGCACAGAAGAGCAAAAUCCUAGUCCUAGGAGGAACAGGUUACAUAGGAAAAUUCAUAGUUGAGGCAAGUGCAAAAGCAGGACACCCCACGUUUGCUUUAGUUAGAGAGACCACAGUUUCUCAUCCUGAAAAAUCAAAGCUUAUUGAAAGCUUCAAAAGCUCUGGAGUUACUUUGGUUUAUGGUGAUCUAGCUGAUCAUGAAAGUCUUGUUAAGGCAGUUAAGCAAGUUGAUGUUGUUAUUUCUACACUUGGUGGAGCACAAAUCAAUGAUCAAGUGAAGCUCAUAGCAGCCAUAAAAGAAGCACGAAACAUCAAGAGGUUUUACCCAUCUGAAUUCGGAUUGGACGUUGAUCGUCACCACGCCGUUGAGCCUGUGAUCAGCUUCUUUGACCAAAAAGUGAAAAUCCGAAGAGCCGUUGAAGCCUCCGGAAUUCCUUACACAUACAUCAGCUCGAACGCCUUUGCCGGAUACUUUCUCCCGACACUAGUACAACAAAAUGUCACAGCUCCUCCCAGGGACAAAGUGGUCAUUCUUGGAGACGGAAACGUCGCAGGUGUAUAUGUGAAGGAGGAAGAUAUUGCAACUUUUACCAUUAAAACAGUGGAUGAUCCAAGAACAUUGAACAAAACUGUAUACUUCAGACCUCGUGACAAUGUUUUGACUUUCAAUGAGCUUGUUUCCAUAUGGGAGAAUAAGAUUAAGAGUACCCUUGAGAAAAUCUAUGUUCCAGAAGAUCAAAUUCUUAAGAGUAUUCAAGAGUCUCCUUUUCCUGCGAAUUUGAUGUUGGCUUUAGGUCAUUCAUUGCUAGUAAAGGGUGAUAGUACAAACUUUGAGAUUGAAUCUUCUUUUGGAGUGGAAGUUACUGAGCUUUAUCCUGAGGUGAAAUAUACUACUGUCGACGAGUAUUUGAAUGCAUUUGUUUGAGGUAUAACAAACAUGGUUUGCGAAAGUCAAUAAAACGGAACAUGUUUAGUACUGGUCAAAUUUUCGUAUUAUGUUUUUGUGUUCGUUACUACUUGUGUUGUUUAUGUUAUCAUCAAGAGAAUCAUUUCAGAUUUUACUUUGUAAUGUUGGUUUUGUCGUGUAUUGAAUGAAUAAUGAAGAUCUGUUACAACGUGGUUAGCACUAUGAAAUUGUCGUGUAUAUUUGUGAUUUUAGUUAGGUGAACACUCCGGUACCCUUGAGUUUAGAUGGGUACCGGUACCCUCGACCAAUCAAAUGCUAUAAUUUUAUGCCAUGUCAUUUA